UGGCGGUUUGUAUUUGGCACUACAGCUCUAGUCUGAAUAUAGGUGACUCAAGACUGCAUCGGUAUCGUUAUACGUUACCAGCAUACACCCAGCUAUGCACAGCACAAACGCUCUCUUGGAGCGAGCUGGCGCAUACGGACGUCAGGCUCGUGAGUGCAUGCACUCCGUCCACCAACUAGCAACACACAGCCGGUUGGUUGAAUCUUUUGACAUCAGGUCAAGGCAUACUAGUACAUUCCAACACUCAGCUUCAACAUAUUGGAUUGCCUCUAAAUUGGUGGAAAAUAGAAGCAUCGUAGUAAAUAAAAGAAAAAUGAGCACUGAUACCCGGCAAGAAUUCGUGGAUCGCAAAGCUCCCACACUCGACCUUGCUUCCGCUCUUGAGUCGUACAAUACACCAGGAGCCAAGAACAAACCAGUAUAUAUAACCACGCCUAUAUUCUACGUCAAUUCGGUCCCGCACAUUGGCCACGUAUAUACGGCAUACAUUACUGACGCUCUUGCCAGGUGGUGGCGAUUGGUAGGCGCCGAUGUCGUUCUAGCGACGGGUACUGAUGAGCACGGACUAAAAAUCGCACAGGCUGCUAAAGCGAAGACAGAAGGGGACGGCGGCUCCUUUCAACCGGCGGAAUCGUGCAAAGCUUUCUGUGACGUUGUCUCCAGGUCAUUUAAGGAAUUAUUUGAUCAGGCUGGCAUCACCUACACACGCUUCAUCCGCACCACUGAUAGCGAUCAUCAAUCUGCUGUGAAGGAAAUGUGGAGGAUAUUGCAGGAGAAAGGGUUCCUGUAUAAAGGAAAGCACGAAGGCUGGUACUGUGUCUCGGAUGAGGUCUUCUAUGCCGAGCGAGAUGUGAUGACUCAGUCGUCGUACAAUGCAAAGAUCGCGGCCAAGGCGACAGGAGACUCUACUGCCGAGAAUGCCGAUGCCGUGCCUAAUAGUGCACCGUCGAAUACAGGAGACACUACAGACAAAACGGCGCAGCAGAUGGUGACCGCUGACACGGGCAAGGUUGUAGAAUGGGUGCAGGAGGAGAACUACCUGCUAAGAUGGGCCGAUGACGCGGAUAGUGCUGUGCGCAAUUGGAUCAACGACAACCAUGCGAUUGCUCCAUCGUUGCGCAAGACCGAGAUAAUCAAUCUGCUGGCAGAGACAUUCGCCCAACCUCUGUCUGUCUCACGGCCCGUGCCACGCCAGCUGUGGGGUAUUGAGGUGCCUAACGACAAGGAUCAUUUGGUGUACGUUUGGUUGGAUGCUCUUACCAACUAUCUGACUGUGGCCGGGUUUCCUUGGGACGACUCGGCAGCCAGUGCGUCCUGCUGGCCAGCCGACUACCACGUGGUGGGCAAGGACAUUGCUAAGUUUCACUGUGUGUAUUGGCCUAGUUUUCUGACUGCAGCGGGUAUCGCCCUCCCGCACAAGGUGAUUGUGCAUGGGCACUGGACCGUCAACUCCGUCAAGAUGUCUAAGAGUCUGGGGAACGUCAUCGAUCCGCUGGCCAAGUUGCAGGAGCUCAGUCCCGACGGCUUCAGAUACUUUCUGUUGAAAGAAGGAAGACUAGGCAGCGACGGUGACUACGAGAAUGAGAGGGCUAUUAAUAUCGUGAACGCCGACCUGGCCGACACCUAUGGGAAUCUAUUGGGGCGAUGCACCUCGGUGAAGGUAAACCCAAUGCAGUGCUAUCCCGAACCAAACAGUGCUUCAUAUACCGACGCCGAUAGAGAGUUGCUUGGUCUGAUCCGCGAAAUGCCUGAGAAAGCACACAGCUUCUACCGGGAUGCGGACUUUUCACGAGGAAUCGAGGUUGUGAUGGAGACACUAUAUAAGUCUAACAAUCACAUGAACGAAAACAAGCCGUGGGCUCUGGCUAAGGAUCCGGCGCAGUCUGAGCGUUUGCGUAAUGUUCUGUACAUUGCAAUGGAGGCCGUGCGCACUGCGUCUUUGCUUCUGAUACCCGUUGCGCCGGGCAUUGCCAACGUCGCGCUGGACCGUCUGGGCGUGAGCGAAGAUGAUCGCCACGUGCGCAACGCAUGUGAGGCUGGAGCCCCAUCGCCUGGAUCGGCUGUGAUAGCCAGCGCCACACCACUCUUCAAUAAAAUUAGCAAAGACACGCCCGAGAAGCGGACGUCCGGUGGACCAGCAAUUGAUACCAACAAGAGGAUGAAGAAAGCGAAACGAAAUUAGGAGGAAAAACAACUGAAAACAACAACGCAAACUUUAAACAUAGACCCAGCAAGCGACAGCAAGCCAAAAUAAAUACAAAGGUGCAUCACCGAUCGAGCA